CGGGGUAUAAAGCUGUGGGAGGGAAGGCCGGCCAGGCAGGACGUGGUGAGCGGGCAGCUGCAGAAGGUGCAGCGCGAUCCCUCCAGGAUGGGCGACAUGACGUUCGAUGGCGAUCUGUCCGACCUCUUCGAAGGCUACAACUACACGGACUACAACACCGUCAACCCCAGCGCCGCCGCCGCCCCGUGCAAGACCGACAGCCUGAACGUGAACAAGUACGCGGUGGCGGUGGUCUUCUGCCUGGUGUGCCUGCUCAGCCUGGUGGGCAACUCCCUGGUGGUGCUGGUGAUCAGCUACAACCGGCAGCACCGCUCGGUGACCGACGUCUACCUGCUGCACCUGGCCAUCGCUGACCUGCUCUUCGCCCUCACCUUGCCCUUCUGGGCCAUCUACCGGGCCCACGAGUGGAUCUUCGGCAACUUCCUUUGCAAAGCCAUCUCAGUCCUGCAGGAGGCCAACUUCUACAGCGGGAUCCUCUUGCUGGCCUGCAUCAGCAUCGACCGGUUCCUCGCCAUCGUCUACGCCACCCGGGCCGCCACCGAGAAGAGGCACUGGGUUAAAUUUGUCUGCUUGGGCAUCUGGGUCCUCUCCAUCCUGCUCUCGCUGCCCAUCCUCCUCUUCCGCGAGGCCUUCCGGGCACCGCACGGCGGCGUGGUCUGCUACGAGCGCAUUGGGGAGGAGCACACGGCCAAGUGGCGGGUGGUGCUGAGGAUCCUGCCCCAGACUUUCGGCUUCAUCCUCCCCUUGCUGGUGAUGCUCUUCUGCUACGGCGUCACGAUGAAGACCCUCUUCCAGACCAAGAACAGCCAGAAGCAGAAGGCCAUGAAGGUCAUCUUGGCUGUGGUGCUGGUCUUUCUAGUCUGCUGGCUGCCCUACAACCUUUCGCUGCUGGUGGACUCCAUGAUGAGGACCCGGGCCAUCGCGGAGACCUGCAGCCGGCGGAACCACAUCGACGCGGCCCUGUCAGUCACCCAGAUCCUGGGCUUCACGCACAGCUGCAUCAACCCGCUCAUCUACGCCUUCAUCGGGCAGAAGUUCCGCAACAGCUUCCUCAAGAUCCUGGCCUACCACGGCCUCCUCAGCAAAGAGUUCGUCUCCCGCUACGGACGGGGGUCCUCCUUCGCCUCCACCUCUGGCAACACCUCCACCACCCUGUGACGGCCACGCCGCUCCUCCGCUCACCGGGGGAAACGUCCCACCGCUGCCAGCCCCAGCGGGUGGCUUCAUUGCCUCAGGACGACGGGGACCAUAUGGAUUCUUCUAGCACUAUAGCCUCACUUUACCGUGCCACCCCCACCCUGCCGGCUCUUUGGUCCAGCCAAGACCGUUAUGCAGGUUGCCAUUAUGCAGAACACAGCCGCAAAACGCAGCCCCCUCGCCUGGGGGUCAUGCUAAUGAAGACCCUUCAGCCCCAUCCUGCAGGACAAUCCGAUUGUUCAGCCGCCUGGAGCAUCCAGGCCACGCCCGUAACAAAUAACUCCAGAACCCCUGAAUUCCCAAUCCCCUCGCACAGCGGGGUGUAGGAGCCACGUCGGAAAACCGCCCCUUCCCCCAAACAGAGUGUGGAAGAGAGUCAGAACGUGUGGUGGAUGCAGCCAUCAACACUAGUGGCUGGAGACCUAGUGUAUUAGUGGGAAUAUUCUCCUUAACUCUGCCCUGCCGCUCCAUUAGCCUUUCACAUGCAUUUUGCAUAUAUCGCAAGGGGGACUGAGUAGGGUUUGAUCUAUUUUUUUUUUUUUAGGCAUAGCGUUGAAAAAUGUAAUUUAUCAAAGCAUGCAUAGCUGUGGUCACGUCAACAUUUGAUUUGUGCUCAUUCGUUAAGACACUAAUAGAUGCUGCUUUAAUGUGGAGGCGAUCGCUUUAUGACCUCAUGUCCUAGGAAGUGUUUUUUGGGGGGAGGUGUUUAAACAUUAACUUUGCAUCUGUCGAUUGCACCCCGGACGCGGAAUCAUUUCGCUGAGUCGACAAAGAUUGUGAUCGGAAUGGCCUUAGCUAGACAUGCUUCUAUAUCCCCGGGUCAGGCGCUGUAGAGAACCCAGAAGCUCUUUUGAUGAAUGUGUGAUAGCUGAAUUGUUGAAGUGUCUUUACAUGUGUGUGUGACGGCGCGUCGGGGAGACCCCCCCACCCUGCACCCCUGUCCGCAGCCAGAUCGCCAGCCCGUUUUAUUGCUUCUCAGAGAUACAGCACACACAGGCUCAAUGUUGACAUAGGAGCCAGGGCCGACAGCCUAGCCCUCUUGCGGGAAAGGGGUUCACAAGCCCCUGAAUUCCUCUGUCCUGGACUUAGUCUGCCCUCCUCAUGCUUGCCUCCAGCCAAAAGUGCUCAGCUCCGAGGCCCUGACCCCCAGCCAGCUGGCUGUCUCUGCCUCCCUUCCUUUGUCUCUCCCCCUGGGAAGAGCUUUGCUAAC